AUGGCCGGUCCAUCCUUUGCCGCCCGAAUUCCAUCAUGGGAUGAUCUCUUCGUCCGGUAUUUUCCCCUCCUAAGCGACAACUUCCGCUCGGCUCUCCACGACAAUUGCACCACAGAGUACAACAACUUCCUGCGCGGGAGCCUGCCUGGACAAGAGCAAACGUCUCUGCUCGUCUCUUCGGCCCUGGCAACUUGUAUCAUGGACUCCAAGUACGUUACCUCGGCCAUGCUUGCGAACAUGCAGAGCGCCGGGGUGUUGCUUGGCAUACUGCCAACAGUGCUUGCUAUGCUUGGGUCCAACACCGUAGAGAUCGCUCUGAUUAGCUUACGGCGUCCGCUAUUUGCUGCAUGUCUUGCAGCCGCGUCACCCGCCGCAUCGCCCGUCCACGGUUCCCAGUUCUACGAUCCGAUCGCUGCGCUCAAGCAGCGUGCUGGGCAUGUCAAGAUUCCUGGGUUUGGCCCAAUGGUGCGAUCGAUCGUGGUGACAGUCGAGUGGCUCCUCGUCCUCGCGGCUCUGGGGAAUGUGGUGGAAUUAGGUAUGGAAUUGGGGGUCUGGACCGUCAGCUCCUGGGCGACUAAGCAAAGGUACCUGCCGUUGCUCUGGACUGUUUCUGUGCUCAUCGUUCACCUCGCUGGCAGUGCGAGCUUCCGCUUGCGCGCACAUAUGCGGCAGCCGAAUGGUCAUGGCCCGAUCCCUUUCUAUUCCCGCAUAACGUACUGGCUUAUGGACGAAUUUACACCAUGCGCAGAGCAGACGCCGACACUAGUCGUCUGGAAGCAGGAAACCAUUCUUUUCCUGUUGAUGUCGUGGUGUACCACUACGCUGACAGUAGUGCACAUUGUGUACGGCGUCCUGAUGCUUUCAAGCUUGUUGUUCAUCUCCGUGGAGGAUGCGUUGUCGGUAGUGGGCCGAUACUUAAUCUCCGCGCUGAUCUGCCGCGCUUUGCUCGCCUUCGAGCUCCGUGGAAUGUCCAAAUCAUCGGCUGUACAAGAUUUUGACUACAGUGAUGAAAGCGACACUUGA